AUGAAGUCGGGCGCCUUCGCUGCGCUCUUCGUCGCCGGCGGCAGAAGCAGCAGGUCUUGGGGCUCGUCGUCUUCUUGCUUCGAGUCUCGCCGUCAGCCUCCUUCGCGCAAUCAGAAGCUGCUUCAUGAUUUGGGGAAAGGGGACGGAGAGGAGUUGAAAAGCACCGCAAUUCAUUGUCUGUGCCGUCUUCGAGGUCAAGCUGUUGAUGAAUCAGCUCAUCGGCAAGUGGAUGAAAUUCUGGCUGAGCUUGCUUAUGUGGGUGAAGAAAAAGAGGUUAUUUUCGGAGAAAUAUUCAGAGAAAAAUGCUUGAAAGCCCUUACCAUUGGUGCAGGAUUGGUCUUGUUUCAACAGAUCACAGGGCAACCAAAUGUGCUUCAGUAUGCUGGAUCAAUCCUUCAGGAUUCUCCACUGCAUCUGAUGCAACCUGAGUCUCUAUUCUCCUUGGUUUUUUCAAGCUACGUUCAAUGCAAUGAGAGAAAGCAUGGUUGGUUCACUUGGAUUUUGCUACAAUCUGCACCUCCACUUCCACAAGCCCAAUUCAGCGCUGCCUGCAACUCAACGUCGCUGCUUUGCGGAUCAGCUAUGCACCAUUGCUCAUAUUCAGCAAACACCCUUUUUCUUUUCUUGCCCCUUAGUGGUGAAUUUCAAAUUCUGUUGGUGGUCAUGUUCUGCUGUAUAUCUUGAUUUUAGAUCCAUUUCUGGCAUUUGGAGAGCCAUGAAACAAGCAUCGAAAUUGUGCAGAGGCUUAAGCAUCUAUAGAGCAGUCCUGCCACCCUCAACACAAGUAAUUGUUGCCCCAACUCACUAUGGUGUAUUUGCUUAUGAGUAACAAGGUGAUUUAUAUUUGUAAAAUAAUCCCA